AUGACCAUACCCUAUGAAAAAUAUGAUACAAAGAUCCGACUCUGCACUCUAUUCGACUUCUUCUCAAGGUCACAAGCGGUGUUAAGAGCCAACCAAGGUGCCGUCCACGAGACCAUAGACCAGUUGCUGACCAUGACAACUGACACGGAGGUUCAGGACAGAGGGGGAAUGGGCCAGCUGACUCCACAUGGUGGCAGUGGAGGUUGUGGUGCCAGCAAUGAAUUGCCACCAUCAUAUGCCCUCUCAGCCACACCUCCUCCAAGCUAUCAUCAGGCAGUUCCAUCUCCCCAUCGUUCUCCUUUGCGUGGGGGCAUGGUCCAGUCAGAGGAAUCCUUGUCACUCCGAGCCCAGAAGAACUGGAACCCUCCAAUGCUCCUCCCACUUCCCACAGAUUUCCUGAGACUCACUCCUCCUCCGCAUCAGUCGGCUGGAAGCUGGAGGGAUGAAGACUUCUCGUGUGAUAGAGACUGACCAAGUUGAUGAUAUGGCCUAUAAGUAAGGAAUAAUCAAAAGAAGAAGGCUAAUAUCUAUGCAAAUUGUCCCGAGGCAGACUAAGAUGACAAAUUAUAUUCAAGCAAAUAUUAAUUUAUUUGGCUUUGCAAAUUUUAAAGCGAAACUUUCUGGCAUCAUGUCUUCAUUUCAUUACCAUCUUGAUUGACUCACACUCUUUUUGACCAUCAGAAAUUAAUCUUUUACUUGAGAAAUACAGCUUACUCAUUCAAGACAGUUGAUAUGCAAUACAAAAUGUUUCUUUUUUGGUGUGCUUUACACAAAAAAUCAUUUUACAGUUGAAAUUAAUACUUUGGUGGCCAAAUCUUUGAUGGUCUGUGCAUAAGUUCAAAACCUUGUAAUGUUGAAGUAUAUGAAAUGGAUUUUUUUUAUACAUUUUUAAAGUGGGUGGCAGGCACAGACAUCAGUGUACAAACAUUAAUAUCAUAGAUGAUGACAGUAGUAUAAUAAGCCUACCAAAGUGUUAAUAGAAUCCUUUCAGCCAUAUUCUUCAAAACACAAAGUUGUUUUAUGCACAAAAAAGACUAAAGCUCCAUAUGAUGAGACACCAUAUAUGUUCUUUGCAUGCUGUGCACACUAGUGUUGUUUUUUUCUUUUUGUAUUUGUAUUUGCUGAUGAAGUAAUAGGUCCAUUUAGAAAAAGGUUGAUCAGUUUUUCUUUGAGUCUUGUUUCAUUCUGUGCAAAGAGGAGCUUCGGCAAUUAAAGAUUUUGAUUCUUCCUUUCUGUUUAAGAUAUAAUGGUAUAUUGUACCAAUACCUUUGUAACCUUCAAAUUUGGUAUUCCUUAUGACCAGAUUCUCUGCUUGUCACUAUAAGCCAAAAAACCUUCAUUGAUUCUAGAAAGAAACUUCCACUAUUGCUUUGCUGUCACUCUUUAAGCUUCCAAAAUGAUUACAUAGAAAAUCUUUGUUCAUGCACAGUUGUGCGAAAAUAUUAAAUUUUGUAAGCUUUUUGCUAAAAUGGCUGCCCUGCUUAAUAUAUUAGCAUUUUCCUUGUGUCUUUCUAAGAGGAAUGAAUACCCCAAAAAUAUCAUAUAGAAUUUUUUUCCUUCAUUUUUAUGGGAUAGACAAACUUACUGCACAUUUUUAUACUUAAAGUGUUAAAACAAGUGCCAAUAUUUGGUUUUGAUGCCCAUGUAAUCACGGAAGCUCAUGGCAUAGCAAAAUAUCUCUUGUAGAGCUGUCAGAACCCCUUUUUUUUUUUUUUUUUUUUGUAAUUAUCCCAAUUUUGUUAUACCUGAUGAGAGUAUACUGUAUAGCGAUAAACUCUUCAUCUCUGUGUUCACUGUACAGCAUAAGAUUAUGACAGAUGACUUUGUUAAGUCAUUAAAUAAUCUGUCAUUUGGGAUAUGGACAAUGCCCCCAUACUUCAUUGAUAUAUGUGUUAUACAUGUACACAUGCAGACGCAGGUGCAUGUACAC